GAUUGGCAGCAGUAGCCAAAAUUAAUUCAGCAAUUCGAAUGGGUGAUGCUGAGAAAACCGUGGCAGAAAUGAUGAAUCCAGCGGCCCAGUUACCAGAGGUUUAUGCAUUUGCUGCAGAUCUUUACCAAAGGGAACUGUCUAUCUUACAGGAACAGAGUCCUGAAGGUAACCUCACCCAUGCAGAACUAGCUGUUGGUGUAGAGAUGCUGUCUUCUGUGGCCGUGAUUAAUAGGGCUUUGGAUUCAGGGGAUGUGAAUACAGUGUGGAAACAGCUGAGCAGUCCUGUCAUGGGGCUUACAAACGUUGAGGAUGAGAACUCUCAGAGAUAUAUUGAUGAUUUGAUGAAACUUAAAGCUCAAACAAGUGCAGAGGGAAAUGACUUUAUCACAUGGAAUGAUAUCCAGUCAUGUGUUGAUCAUGUGAACAAAGUUGUGCAAGAAGAACAUGAAAGGAUUUUGGCAAUUGGUCUUAUCAAUGAAGCUCUGGAUGAAGGGGACUCCAAGAAGACCAUUCAAGCUUUACAGAUUCCUGCAGCGAAAUUGGAGGGUGUAGCCCCAAAGGUAGCACAGCAUUACCAGGAUACACUCCUUCGAGCCAAGCGAGAGAAAGCACAGGACACACGGGAUGAAACAGCUGUACUUUGGCUAGAUGAAAUUCAGGGUGGGAUUCAUAGGGCUAACAAGGACACAGAGGAGUCUGAGAGAUUCUCCUUAGGAAUUCUGGCUGUUAAUGAAGCAGUAGAUCAUGGUGAUGUUAGCCAGACCCUGAGUGCCUUGCGUUCACCUGAUGUUGGGCUAUAUGGAGUCACUCCUGAAUGUGCUGAGACAUACCAGCAAGAGCUCUCCGAAGUCAAGAAAAGAAAACUGGCAGCAGGGAGCAAUGGCAGUGAAUGGGUGAAACACUGGGUGAGAGGAGGCUAUCAUUAUUAUCAUAACCUGCGGACCAAAGAGGGAGGAUGGGACGAACCAGUGGAAUUUGUGCAAAAUGACACACAGCUGUCACGGGAGGAGAUACAGAGCACCAUAUCUGGAGUCACUGCGGCAUACAACCGAGAGCAGUUGUGGCUGGCCAAUGAGACCCUGAUUAUGAAACUUCAGGCUUGUUGUCGAGGGUAUCUUGUUCGCCAGGAAUUCAACUCAAGAAUGAAUUUUUUGAAGAAGCAAGUCCCAGCAAUCACUUGCAUUCAGUCUCAGUGGCGUGGCUACAAGCAAAGAAAGGCAUACCAAAUCCGUUUGGAUUACCUGCGAGCACAAAAGGACCAAGUAGUAAAGAUUCAGUCAAUGACCAGGAUGUAUCAAGCCAGAAGACGUUACAGAGAUCGUCUGCAGUAUUUCAGAAACCAUAUAAAUGACGUUGUAAAAAUUCAAGCCUUUAUCCGAGCAAACAAAGCACGUGAAGACUACAAAACACUCAUUAACGCUGAAAACCCACCUAUGGCCGUGGUUCGGAAAUUUGUCCACUUGCUCGAUCAGAGUGACCAAGAUUUUCAGGAGGAGCUUGAGUUAAUGAAACUGCGUGAGGAAGUUGUAACCUUGAUCCGAUCCAAUCAGCAACUGGAAAAUGACCUCAAUCUCAUGGACAUCAAAAUUGGGCUGCUAGUGAAAAACAAAAUUACACUGCAGGAUGUUGUUUCUCAUAGCAAAAAACUAACCAAGAAGAACAAGGAGCAGCUUUCUGACAUGAUGAUGCUGAGCAAACAAAGGGGAGGUUUGAAAGCUUUGAGCAAAGAGAAGAGAGAAAAAUUGGAAGCUUAUCAACAUCUGUUCUACCUGCUUCAGACUAACCCAACCUACCUGGCCAAGCUGAUUUUUCAGAUGCCUCAAAACAAAUCUACAAAGUUCAUGGAUUCAGUUAUCUUCACGCUGUAUAACUAUGGAUCCAAUCAAAGAGAGGAAUACCUGUUGUUGCGACUUUUCCGAACGGCGUUGCAGGAAGAGAUCAAAUCAAAAGUAGACCAGAUACAUGAAAUUGUGACUGGGAAUCCUACUGUUAUUAAAAUGGUGGUAAGUUUCAACCGUGGUGCCCGUGGUCAGAAUGCCCUGAGGCAGAUCCUGGCACCGGUUGUGAAGGAAAUCAUCGAUGACAAAUCACUUAAUAUCAAAACUGAUCCAGUGGAUAUUUACAAGUCUUGGGUUAACCAGAUGGAGUCUCAAACUGGAGAGGCCAGCAAACUGCCAUAUGAUGUUACACCUGAACAAGCUCUAAGUCAUGAAGAGGUGAGGACACGCCUGGAUGCCUCAGUCAGAAACAUGAGGACAGUGACAGACAAGUUCCUGUCUGCCAUUGUUAGUUCACUGGACAAAAUCCCUUAUGGAAUGCGUUUCAUUGCCAAGGUCCUUAAAGACUCCCUGCAUGAGAAGUUUCCUGAUGCUGGCGAGGAUGAGCUGCUGAAGAUUGUUGGCAACUUACUCUAUUAUCGCUACAUGAAUCCAGCCAUUGUUGCUCCAGAUGCGUUUGACAUUAUUGACCUUUCAGCUGGAGGUCAGCUGACCACAGAUCAACGCCGAAACCUCGGCUCCAUUGCAAAGAUGCUGCAGCAUGCUGCGUCCAAUAAGAUGUUCAUGGGAGACAAUGCUCACCUAAGCAUCAUUAAUGAAUAUCUAUCACAGUCAUACCAGAAAUUCAGACGUUUUUUUCAGGCUGCUGGUGAGGUUCCUGAAUUGCAGGACAAAUUUAAUAUUGAUGAAUAUUCUGACUUGGUGACUCUCACUAAACCAGUUAUUUAUAUUUCUAUUGGUGAAAUCAUCAAUACACACACUUUGCUUUUAGACCAUCAAGAUGCAAUUGCUCCUGAGCACAAUGAUCCAAUUCAUGAGCUGCUGGAUGAUCUUGGAGAAGUUCCUACAAUUGAGUCCUUAAUAGGGGACGGGUCUGGCAAUGUUAAUGAUCCCAACAGGGAAAUGCUAGCAAAGACUGAGGUUUCUCUCACACUUACUAAUAAAUUUGAUGUUCCUGGUGAUGAGAACGCAGAGAUGGAUGCGAGGACAAUUCUGUUGAACACAAAACGUUUAAUUGUUGAUGUAAUCCGCUUCCAACCAGGGGAGAUGCUGACUGAAAUCUUGGAAACUACAGCUACCUCAGAGCAAGAAGCGGAACAUCACAGAGCCAUGCAGAAACGAGCCAUUCGUGAUGCUAAAACUCCGGAUAAGAUGAAAAAAUCUGUCUCUGUAAAGGAAGAUAGCAACUUGAAUCUUCAAGAGAAAAAGGAUAAAAUCAAGGCAGGGCUGAAGAAGUUGACAGAACUGGGGACAGUGAAUGCCAAAAAUAAAUACCAGGAACUAAUCAAUGACAUUGCAAAGGAUAUCAGAAAUCAGCGUAGAUACCGUCAGAGAAGAAAGGCGGAGCUGGUGAAGCUGCAGCAGACAUACAGUGCCUUGAACUCCAAAGCUACUUUUUAUGGGGAACAAGUUGAUUAUUACAAAAGUUACAUAAAAACCUGCUUGGAUAACUUGGCCAGCAAGGGCAAAGUCUCCAAGAAACCUCGGGAGAUGAAAGGCAAAAGCAGUAAAAAGAUUUCUCUAAAAUAUACAGCUGCUCGACUUCAUGAGAAGGGAGUGCUUUUAGAGAUUGAGGACCUGCAAGGUAACCAAUUUAAAAAUGUGAUAUUUGAAAUCAGUCCAACAGAAGAAGUAGGAGAUUUUGAGGUAAAAGCAAAAUUCAUGGGAGUACAGAUGGAAACCUUUAUGUUACAUUAUCAGGAUCUUUUGCAGCUGCAGUAUGAAGGCGUUGCUGUCAUGAAGUUGUUCGACAGAGCAAAAGUGAAUGUCAAUCUUCUGAUCUUUCUUCUGAAUAAGAAAUUUUAUGGGAAGUAACUGACCUCUGCCAGCAAGUCUGUGAAAGGAAAUAGAAACCUGCAUGUACAGCUUUUAAUGAUGUAGCUGUGUGUCAGUAUGCCCAUGCUGUGCUAAAAUAUAUCAA